AUGGCUUCAUUCACUAAAUAUUCAAGUCAAGAGCUGAGAAUUGUAGUAGUAAUUGCCAGUGGACUCUUGAUCAGUGCCUUUAUAUGUCAUGUUCCAAUUACAGGUGGUGUUGAGGUUUCAAAUUGGGGAGUGAAGGUAGGAUCAAGGCCACCAAGGUGUAGUGUUGACAAAUGCUUCAACUGCAGCCCUUGUAUGGCUACCCUAAUUGCACCCAUUCACCAAGGAAAACACAAAGUUUCUUCUUAUUCUCAACAUGAUACUUAUUAUCUUCUUGCAUGGAAAUGCAAAUGUGGUAAUAAGAUUUAUCACCCAUGAUUACUCUAUUAGUAUAUAUUUUGUAAUUUUAUACCUGAAAAAUAUCGUCUAUGCC